CUCCUAAUUUAACUGCCUGCCAUUAUCGACUCAUCCUUUCGACAUCAGAUCUAAACUUCUUUUCACCCCUCUCUCAUCUGGUUAGGGCCUUCUCCCAACGAUGGCCGAGCCAACUCAGGAUUCGGAAUGGCAAUCAUUGCCGGUUCAAGAUCAACUCACUCAUAAGCUUUGGAAAGCUCGAUUGGCUGCUUAUGAAACCUUGAUCAAGCAAUUCGAACUCGCAGAAGGUGACGACGAUGAGGUUUUCACAGAUUGGAAUCGGGAUUCGGAGUGGCCUAGACGCGCCGUGACAGACUCAAAUGCGGUAGCUCAGGAAAAGGGGAUUUAUCUUGUAUCUGUAUAUAUUCGACUGGCCGGCCGUCCCGCUACGAGAUGCCGAUCAGAUUGUAUCACACCAUUAGUUGAAAAGAGUCUCGCUACCAAUGCAAGGAAGGGUACCAGGGACGCGGGGAUUGAAUGUCUUUUGGGAUGGGCCAUGUCAGAGGCCGAUGGCGACAAAGCAGAAGGAAUUGUGACCGCUGUGAUCGAAGGACUGGGUUCAAAGCAGCCAAAGGUAGUCGCAGGUGCAGUCUCUGCUCUCAACGCUCUCAUCUCAGCAUUCGGGGUAAAAGUCAUCAAUAUCAAACCCAUUCUUAAGUCUCUCGCCAAAAUCUUUGCGCAUGCAGACAAGGGUGUUAGGGCAGAAGGGACCACACUGGUUCAUACUCUCUACAAAUUCCUCGGCCCAGCCCUCGAGCCAUCGUUGUCUGAACUGAAGCCUGUACAAGUAAAAGAACUCCAUGAGUCAUUUGCAAGCCUUGACACCGAAGGUAAAGGUAAAGGCACAGGCACACCGACACGUGAAACGGCUGGUCAGCAAAGAGAAAGACUCCAACGUGAAGCGCAGGCAGCGCUAGAGGGGGUUCAAGAAUUAGGGCAAGCGGAUCCCGGGAGCAAUGAACAGGAGGCGGAGACUAGGCCAGAAGAACCCGAGGAUAUCGACCCUUAUGACUUGGCUGAUCCUGUCACUGUGCUUGAUCGUUUACCAUCAGGAUUUUAUGAACACCUCGCCUCUUCGAAAUGGAAAGAGCGCAAAGAGGAAGCUCUCGAUCCGCUUUACGAAGUGCUUAAGACGGCUAUCAAGAUCAAACCGGAUCACUAUGAUGAACUCGUCAAAGCCUUGGCAGGCCGGAUGGGUGAUGCAAAUAUCCUCUGUGUCAUCGGAGCAGCAAACUGUUUGGAAUGCCUUGCGAAGGGUCUCAGGACGGAUUUUGGAAAGUAUAAAGUCUUGAUGCUGGUCCCGAUGUUGGAGAAGUUUAAAGAACGGAAGGUCAAUGUCGUUGAGGCAUUGAGUAAUUGUUUGGAUGCGAUGGCUUUGACAGUGACGUUGCCGGAACUGACUGAGGACAUCGUGACGUUUUCGAAACAUAAAAACCCUGCGGUUAAAGAACAGACGAUGAAGUUCUUAGUCAGGUGUUUGCGUAAUACUGAACAUCAGAUUCCAAAGCAGGAUAUCAAACCCCUGUCCGAUGUCAUGCUCAGCGGACUUGAGGACGCUGUUGUUCCUGUCCGUGAAAUCUCUGCUGAAGGACUAGGUACGAUGAUGAAAUUGGUCGGAAAAGCAACAUUUUCACCUUUGAUUCAAGCUCAAGAUGACCUCCGCAAAGCCAAGGUUGAAGAGUAUUUCGAAAAGGCGGUUGUAAAGUAUAAGCCUCCAAAGGCCAAGCCGAAACCUGUCGCUAACAAACCUGCGGCUAGGCCUCCACCGAAAGCCAGGCCAGCUCCCAAACAGUCUACACCACCUUCACCGGAUAGCAACGACUUCCGAGCAUCUACACAAUCCAAACCUCCAAGCAAAGCACCUCCUAAGCCCGCCGUAAAGAAGGCUCCCGCUGCCACAGGGACUGCGCCAAAGAAAACGGCGGCCGCGGCACAAUCUAGCGGUGCACCCAAGGGAGCCUCAAAACCCAUUGAGGAAGUACGGUAUAAGAUGUCACAAGAAGAUGCUGAAGCUAGAGCGCCCGAUUGUCUUGAUGCUGCGUUCAUCGAAGGAGUGAACAACAGUCUGUGGAAAACUCGCCUAGCGGCUUUGGAUGAUAUGCUAGUGUGGUUACCAGAUCAUGUAGACGAGGUUGAGGCUGAACUCCUAGUACGAUAUAUGAACAAGAAGCCCGGUCCGAAGGAGAGCAAUUUCCAGGUUUGGCAACGAGUAUGCGCUGUGCUACAGUUUCUGGCUGAAAAUUCACCAUCGUUUUCCAAAGCCUGCAUCGCCCUUACUGUACCAUCUCUGAUAGAAAAGUAUGGGGAUGCUAAGAUCAAAGAGUCAGCUGGCGGUGCGUUGUUGACUUUUGCCGAGAAAAGCUCGCUGGGAUUUGUUCUUUCGCAUGCGUUCGAGUCCAUUUCUAAGCAAAAGGCGGUGAAAAUCCAGGCGGAAAGUUUCGUAUUCAUCGAGAUGUCAUUGUCGGACUUCGGUAUAACUGGCGUACCGAUCAGGGACUUGAUAGAGUGCCUAAAAACUGGACUUAAGAGUGUCAAUGCCGCCGUGCGGACCAACGCCACUAAAGCUUUGGUGACCACGAAGCUUUGCAUCGGAGCAGGCCAUUCCAGAGUUCUUUCUCACAAAUACUGGCUAUCAGAUAUCACCAAUUUCUUGCAGGACCUCAAUCCACAAUUGCUUGGCACUAUCGAAGGCGAGUUCGCGAAAAUCGAGGGCGAAUCGCCACCGGUGCCUACUCGUGAGAGUGCCGAUGUGGCACAGGCCAAACCUGGUCCAGCCGCGAAAGGGAAAGGAAAAGUAGCCGCAGGUGACGACGCACUAGAUGAACUGUUCCCUAGAGUCGAUCUAGAUAAGUUGAUCUCUAGUUCAGUCAUCAAAUCGUGCGAUGACAGCGCUUGGAAGAUCCGAAAAGAAGCAUUAGAGACCAUUCAAGGUGUCUUAGAGAGCAACAAACGACUCAAACCAAAUCUUGGUUCUGACCUUACAGCUUCACUAAAGUUGCGACUUGGCGAUGCUAACAAAGCUGUGCAAGCCUUGGCCCUCGACAUUACAAGCCGGAUAGCGACUGGUAUGGGCAAGCCGUUUGAACGACAUGCAAAGAUGUUUGCUACAUCAAUGUUGAUGGUCUUGGCCGACAAAAACGCUGGCGCUCGAAACAACGCUCUCACAACAUUGAGUGCCGUAGCGGAUGCAUGCGGGCUCGACUGUCUCACAGCUAGCGUGGCUGCUGCUCUCGAAAUUGCAAAACCUGAGCUUCGAGCUUCAUCCCUAACUUGGAUCGUUCAAAGACUUGCGGAACUCGAUACAGUAAAAGGUCUUGACAUGUCACCUUUUGCUGCACCUUUAAUCUCAUGCCUAGAAGACCGAAGUCCCGAAGUACGAAAAGGAGCUCAAGAACUUCUACCUACAGUCAUCCAGGCCGCGGGUAUCGACAUCGUUCUAGAUCAGACAUCGAAUCUCAAACCAGCCUCUCGUAAUAAUGUUGUUCCAAUGAUUGAAGCCUACCGACCGGCUGCUCCAGUCAAGGUGGCCGCCUCAAAACCUGCCGCUGCGAAAAAUGCACGACCUGCCUCUGCGCUCAACAAAUCGACCAACCGUGCCUCAGUUGCCAGUACUCAAAGAGCCUCAACACCUACGUUGGAAGAUCGACCUCCUCCUUCGAAAGCAAAAUUAGGUCUGCGCAAACCUGUGGGUGGCCCUAUAUCAAAACUGGCUCCUCCGCCCCCUCUUCCGGCUUCUCCAGGCCCUGUAACAAGCCCAAGCGAUGUCCCCUUCAGGUCGGGUGAUCCUAAAGCUAAAACAUUGCGAGCCAGUAAAGAGACAGGCCCGCUCAAAUGGGUUAUCGAAGGGGCAGUCCGAAAAGAUCAGAUUGAACAGCUUCAUCUACAAAUGAGCUCUCAGGUCAGCGCCGAGCUUCUAGGUCAAUUAUUUAGCAAAGAUCACCACUGCGAGAAAGACUUUAUGGCAGGCUUGAAUGCAAUUGAAUCUUGGACGUCAGAUCCAUCCCUAGCGAGCGAAAUAGCUGAUAUGGAAGAAUCUGAUAUCAGAGACAGGCUACUUGCGAAUGCGGAUCUUGUGUUCAAGUAUUUGACCAUUCGACUGCAUGACACAAAUACAUCAAUCACAAUGAAGUGUCUAGACAUAAUCGAACAGUAUAUCACUGUUUUGCAACUAGAUGCAUACCGCUUGACUGACUACGAAGCAUCUGUCCUAUUGCCUAGCUUGAUCGGAAGGUGCGGGGAUAGCAAAGAAACUCUUCGAACACGGAUCAGAGCGAUUUUUAAACACAUAUGUAGUAUAUAUCCUUUCAGCAAAGUCUUUCAAAGCCUGCUCGAUCAUGGCAUCAAAUCUAAAAACGCUCGGGUCCGGGCCGAAUGUGCCGAGGAACUGAGUGCUCUCUUCCAACGACAUGGUCUCAAUGUCUGUCAGCCAGCGAAAGCAUUGCCUUUGAUUGCCUCUUUGAUUUCGGAUCGAGAUUCUGCUGUUCGAAAUGGGGCAUUGUCGGCAUUAGCUAGUGCUUAUUCUUCAGCCGGAGACGUGAUACAUAAAUAUGUGGGCAAUCUAUCCGGUAAAGAGCAAGAUAUGUUGAAUGAGCGACUGAAACGAACAGGAGCGCCUGCCUCGCCUAAAGGGACUCGACCUGUCGCAGAGUCUGCCAUCUCACCUCGCCCAGCAGCUGUUACUCGAUUGGCCGCCAAAACCCUCCGAAGGCCGUCAAGCAUGGGACUGCAAGGCAUCACAGACACGGAGUCGGUUAGCGCAUCCAAGAGUAUCCCACAUCGACCAAUGUCAACUGCCAAUACUACCUCGAAGCUUGCUUCUCCUUCAGCCAUGACACAUUCGAAGCUGCAACCCAUCGCUUCACAAAUGCCCCUUCGUCAAUCUACCAGUCGUCGAGAUUCACUUAUCAAUUCCUCUUUACCUGCGCCACGACCGCAGUCACAUUCUUCCAUCAAAGCACCUACGAAUCACAAACCAAUACCUCCUCCUGCCAGUCCCAGUACUUCAGACCAUAAUGUGAACAUUCCAAUCGCAGAGAUCCUAUCGAGCGACGACGUCCGAAGUACGGAUGCGCUCAAGAUAGUCCAAAGUGACAUCGCCAAUCGACCUGAUUAUCUGAUAGCAAGUGCUGAUGCUCUCAUAGAUGCAAUCGCAACGCAGAUGAGAAUUGCAUUUGAAAACCUCGACGCAUCAACCCCACCUAUGACUCUGAGAUUGUGUAAACAUCUGAUGCAAACACUCUCCACCUUUUUUGAUCAAUCACAACUCGCUACUGCAGUCUCCAAAGAUGCCCUUGUCGCCGUCCUGGCACAACUUACUCAACGAUUACAAGAGACAGCUGACAAUCCAGUCAGUGAACACAUCACUAGCUUGUCUAAAGUUUUAAAUAUGGUGUUGAUCCGGAUAUUCCACAAUGCAGACAGAAGUGCUUGCUUUGGUGCUCUCUUCGCUGUUCUCAAGCUGACCACAAUUGAUAUGCGAGACAUCGAGGGCGAGGUAGAACUAACACAUCGCGCGAAGUACGCCGAACUAGUCAUGAAGUGCUUGUGGAAAGUGUCGAAGACGGUGAAGGAAUCCCUCGAAGAUGGUACACUCGAUCCACGGAUCCUUUUAGGGGACAUUGACGAUUUCCUCGUAUCAAUCCCGCCAGCAGAAUGGAGAAGACGAGCUAAUGACAAUGUGCCAUUGGCAGAUAUGCCAUUGCGGACAGUCAAAACGAUCUUGCAGCAGGUGGUGACUAUCUAUGGAGAGGGUGUCUAUGAGGCUGUUUCGGCUCUCAAAAACCCCCAAGAUACGUUUGUAUACCAGUACCUGUUCCGUCUGCUAAACAAUUCCAGGGCAGCAGCUGGGGAACCACCUGUAAGCCAGCCUGCACGUCGGCCUGUUCCACUCUCCCCGGAAUCGGCGAUGGCCCCGCGCGCCACAGCCAGCUCUGCCAUGCAACAAAGUCCUUCGCGAAGCCCUUCGCGUUCAAGGCAGAGUUCUGCUCCCAGUAUCGACGGUAACGGACCCAAACAGUCUCCUGGGCCACUUGAUCAUUUCAGCGAAGUAAACAUAAACAACCUAUUGACGGAAGUGUUCGCAAAGAUUGGCAGUCCCACAGAAUCCAAAAAGGGUAUACAAGAGCUGUAUCAGCUGUUGAAGCAACACCCGGAAGCCAAUGCCAAAGUAGACAAAUGGAUCGGUGCUACUGGAACCUAUUUCCAAGCUUAUCUUCGGAGGGCGCUUCAAAAUCUUCGGGCAGAUGAUCCAGAUGUAGCAGAGGAUGGAGCAGCAGUAGAAUCGGAGAGUGUUGUACCACCUCUCACCCCAGCAUCUCGUCCGAAUUCAAACUUGAUCUCCAUCACACCCUCGCCCCCUGUGGGUUCGGCCAGCGAGCUUGCUCAACAGCAGCAAUCGGCACGUAUGACCAAGGUUGCCUCGCAGGAUCUAGAUUUGAACCGGUUACAAACGCUCUUUGGGUUUACGAACACUCUUCCUCAUCAAGAACACCCCGCCUCGACAACUGCAGAACCAUAAUAAAGCUGUACAUUUUCCCAAUCAUAAACCCGUGUGUGUAGUCUGUUGAGACGAGCCAUUGGCGUCAUGCAGCUUCGUCUUGAUUUCUCUCUCUCUUGAAUUUCAUAUUUGUUUAAAUAUCAGCAUUAUACAUCGUAUCACUAGGCCUGUCUACAAAGGAAAACAUCACAUAGAAAUCUUCCAUUGGUCUUUCUUCCUGUUUAAUAUCUUAAUUUUAUGAUUGAAAGUUUUUAAUCUAAUUUAUAUAUUGUUCUAUUGGAGUGGUAUCAUGCCUUUACUUUGAGUGCUCCGGCCGCUUUGUUUUACUUUCCCUUUGGUACAAUUGGGAUAGGCUGGACACUGCAUGAGCGAACCUAUUAAGUUCACCCUUACCAUAAUGUUUUAUCUGCUUGAAGAGCGAGUGUUUAUUGCUGAGAAGAGGUGGUAAAAAUGUAAUAUUGUCAUUGAUCAUUC